AUGACAACGACGGAUCAUAAUCCUGAUUCUGUUAUGAAAAUUGAUCCGUGUGAACUAGAUAGUCUUCGUUCAAACGUGCUGAAAUCUCAAAUAGCUACAUAUCGUUGUCUAUCUCGAAAUUUACCUGUAUCAGAUUCUUUACUUAAUUCAUGUUCAUAUAAAUUACAAUUAGCUAAUCUAAUUCAAAAUCAUCUUCAACAAGAACAAUCAAAUCCAACUAGUAUUGUUCUUACUCAAACAUCUGAAGCAAAUGAUCAAAAUAAUAUUGAUACAUCAUUAACAUUUUCAUCAGCAACAGAUAUGUAUCGAUGGUUAAUUCGAUCAAAUGACAAAACUGAAGAAAAAGUUGUCAAUCGAACUCAAAAACAUCCAAUUCAUUUUAAUCCAUUAUAUAGUCAACAACAACAAGAUAAACGUGCUCUUAAUCGUAUAUCAAAUCGUGUUCAAGAAUUAGAACAUAUGCCAGCUAAUAUGAAUGUUGAAUUACGAACGCGAGCAUUAAUCGAAUUAAAAUCACUCAAAUUACUUCAAUUUCAAAAACAACUUCGUAGUGAAGUUCUUAAUACAAUGAAGAAAGAUACAUUAAUUCAAACUGCUCUUAAUCCUCGUGCAUAUAAACGUCCAAAACGUCAUCAACUUCGUGAAGCACGUUCAACUGAAUAUUAUGAACGACAACGUAAAUUAGAAAUAAAACAACGAAAACAUGCUAAACAUCAAGCAUUUUUAAAUGCUAUAUUAACACAUGCAAGAGAUUUUCGUGAAUAUCAUCGUCGAUAUACAAUGGCAACAAUACGUAUGAAUAAAUCAAUUCAAGCUUAUUUUACUAAUAAUGAACGUGAAUUAAUUAAAGAACAAAAACGUCAAGAACGAGAACGUCUUUUUACUUUAAUGAAUAAUGAUGAAGAAGCUUAUAGAAAAUUAGUUGAUGAAAAAAAAGAUGCACGUUUAGCAUUAUUAUUAUCACAAACAGAUGCUUAUAUUGAUAGUUUAAAACAAUUAGUACGACAACAUCAACAAGCUAAUCGUUCACAAGCACGAUUAGAUAAAACAAAUACUGAUAAAUCAGAAGAAUCCACAAGAACAGUAGUUACUUCUCCAUCAAUUAAUAAAGAAUCAAAAAUGACUUCAACAAUCGAUCAAACUGGUAAUGAUAAAGCAAUACGUGAUGCUGUUAAAAUUGCAGCAACAAAUGAAGAUGAUGAAUAUGAUGCUAAAGAAUCUUAUUAUUCUAUAGCUCAUCGUAUAGUUGAACCAAUAACAGAACAAUCAAAAAUGCUUGUUGGUGGACAACUUAAACCAUAUCAAUUACAAGGUCUUGAAUGGCUUGUUUCAUUAUAUAAUAAUAAUUUAAAUGGUAUACUUGCUGAUGAAAUGGGUCUUGGAAAAACAAUUCAAACAAUAGCAUUAAUUGUAUAUUUAAUUGAUUGUAAAAAAAAUUCAGGACCAUCAUUAAUUAUUGUUCCAUUAUCAACAUUAUCAAAUUGGGCUGCAGAAUUUCGACGUUGGGCACCUGAUGUAACAGUUAUACAAUAUAAAGGUUUACCACAUGUACGUAAAAUGCUUGGACAAACAAUACGUACAAAUCGUUUUAAUGUUUUAUUAACAACAUAUGAAUAUAUUAUGCGUGAUCGUUCAAUAUUAUCAAAAAUUUCAUGGAAAUAUUUAAUUGUUGAUGAAGGACAUCGAAUGAAAAAUCAUCAUUGUAAAUUAACACAAAUAUUAAAUACAUUUUAUUCACAUGCUCCACAUCGUUUAUUAUUAACAGGUACACCAUUACAAAAUAAUUUACCUGAAUUAUGGGCAUUAUUAAAUUUUAUUUUACCAACUAUAUUUAAAUCUUCAACAACAUUUACAGAUUGGUUUAAUGCACCAUUUGCAACAUUACCAAGUGAAAAAGUUGAAUUAAAUCAUGAAGAAACUUUAUUAAUUAUUAGACGAUUACAUAAAGUUUUACGACCAUUUCUUUUACGUCGACUUAAAAAAGAAGUCGAAUCACAAUUACCAGAAAAAGUUGAAUAUAUAAUAAAAUGUGAAUUAUCUGCUUUACAACGUUGUCUUUAUCAUACUAUGGCAAAAAAUCGUACAUUAAUUAUUGAAAAUCAAAAUGGUAAAAGUGGUCGUCGUGCAUUAAUGAAUAAAAUAAUGCAAUUACGUAAAAUAUGUAAUCAUCCAUUUUUAUUUCAUGAAAUAGAAGAACGUUUAGCACAAUCAUUAGGUUAUGAAGAUGGUGUUAUAAAUGGACCUGAUCUAUUUCGUGUAUCAGGUAAAUUUGAAUUACUUGAUCGUAUAUUACCAAAAUUAAAAGCAAGUGAACAUAAAAUUUUAUUAUUUUGUCAAAUGACAACUGUUAUGGAUUUACUUGAAUAUUAUUUUCUUUAUCGUAAUUAUUCAUAUAUACGUUUAGAUGGUACAACAAAAGCUGAUGAUCGUUGUGAAUUAUUAAAAAAUUUUAAUGAUGAUAAUAUAAAUUGUUUUAUAUUUUUAUUAUCAACACGUGCUGGUGGUGUUGGAUUAAAUUUACAAAAAGCUGAUACAGUUAUUUUAUUUGAUUCUGAUUGGAAUCCACAUCAAGAUCAACAAGCACAAGAUCGUGCACAUCGUAUUGGACAAAAAAAUGAAGUACGAGUAUUACGUUUAAUAACUGUUAAUACAAUUGAAGAAAAAAUCUUAGCUUGUGCUAGAUAUAAAUUAAAUGUUGAUGAAAAAGUUAUACAAGCUGGAAAAUUUAAUCGUUCAUCAACAUCAAGUGAACGACAAGAUUAUCUUGAACAAUUAAUUGAAGGUGAAGAUGAAUGUAAAGAUGAUGAUGAAGAUAUACCAGAUAAUGAAAUUCUUAAUCAAAUGAUUGCUCGAACUGAAAGUGAAUUCAAUUUAUUCAAUCGUUUGGAUGUAGCAAGACGUGAAUAUGAAUCGCGUUAUGGUGUUGGUAGUGGUGGUGAUGGUGCUAAUGAACGUCGAGCAUGGAAAUUAUCGAAUACAAAUGAUAACACAAAAUCUAUAUCUCGAGUUAAACGUAAAAAAGAAAGUGAUAAUGAAGAUUCAAUUGAUCAAACAACAAAAACAAAUAAAAUUUCAAUAUCAUUAAUAGAUCCUAGUGAUGAUGAAAUAACUCGAGAAGGAACAUUAACAACAAGUGAUGAAACUACUCCAUCACUAUUAGAAGAACUUGAAGAUGAAGAAGAUGUUGAUUAUACUCAUGAAAAACCAAGAGUUCAUCGUAAAAUGAAAAUAAGUCGUCUUAUGACUGAAGAUGAACUACCUGAAUGGUUAAAAAAUGAUGUUGAUCAAGUUGAAAAAACUCUUGAAAUUGAUGAAGAUUUUGGUAAAGGACGUCGUCAACGUAAAGAUAUUGAUUAUAGUGAUAAUUUAACUGAAAGAGAAUUUUUACAAGCAUUAGAAGAAGGAAAUUUAGAUGAUACACUUGAACAAAAACGUAUACAAAAACAAAAUCGUAAAAAUAAUAAUCAAUCAUUACAAGAUAAUGAUAUUGAUCUUGAUGAAAUUGAAACACGUUCAUCAUUUGAUAUUCCAUCAACAUCAAUAUUAAAUCAACAAAAUUUAAUUUCAAAACGUGGUAGUAUUAAAAAACGUUCCGAAACAAUUGAUCCAAAAAUAACAUCACAAUGUCGUUUAUUAUAUGAUCAUUUAUUAGCUUAUCGUACACAUGAUAAUCGUCAAUUAGCACAAGUAUUCAUACGUUUACCAGGACAAAAACAAUUACCAUUGUAUUAUCAAAUUAUUAAAGAGCCAAUUGAUUUUCAACGUAUCAAAAGAAAAAUAGAUACAUAUCGUUAUUCAAAUUUAGAACAAUUUGAUGCUGAUAUUAAAUUACUUGUAGAAAAUGCACAAACAUUUAAUUGUGAUACAUCAGUUAUUUAUUCAGAUUCAAUUCAAUUAGAAAAAGUUUAUCAAAAUUUACGUGAACAACUUAAAUCCGGUACACUUCAAUCAUUAAUAGAAACACCGACAACAACUAUAACUGAUGAAUCAAUAACAACAUCUCAAAAUUCAUCUAAAAGAGGACGUAGCACACGAAUAGCAACAACUACGACGACAACAAUAACUACAAAUAAUAGAAGAGUUUCGCAAAGAGGACGUAAACGAAAAGCCAUUAUUCUUAAAGAAGAUGAUAUAUCUGACGAAGAACAAGUUAUAUCCGAAGAUGGUGAUAAUGACGAACAUUAA